AAUGCCGGGCGGGCCAGGGCAAGGUUGUUUGCCUUGCGAAGAAAACAGUGAAGUCGGAGUCGGAGUCGGAGGCUGUUUGCGUAGCAGCGACUAUUCAAUUUCGGCGUUAAUUCAACUUGUUUGCUUCUUCUUAUUUCAGAACAGAACCUACAAUCACCAUUAUUAUACUAUACUAGAUAGAUAAAUAGUUAUGGCAAACACUACAAAUAGCAGUUGUAGUAGUUCCUCUUUUCCAUGUUUACCUCAUUCUCCUUUUCAACGUUCUUCUCCCCACCAGUUGAGCUUUUCACGACGGUUGUUUGUCAACCAAAUAAAUGGUUCUCGGCUACGGAUAUCCACUAAAGUAUCCUGGUUAGACAAAUCAUGCCAGUUUAAGUUUAUAAACAGAAGGCCACAGUUAAAAGGAAGGUUCCAGAAACAACAAAAUGCUCUUUUUGUUGUCUCUGAGGAUCAGUCACAAAACAACGAGCUCGAAAUACCUGCUCCAGUACCAGAAAACAACAAUAAUAUUGCUCAAGACAUCUCUCCUGCUAGCAACCCAUCUUUUCAUUUAUCAGGGAGUGAUGGAAAACCAGGUUUCAUAUCAUUUUAUAACCGCCCAUACAGAAGAGAUAGUGAGAUUCUUUUAUUGAAUUCAGAGAGGAGUCAAAACAACAUAUUGUGGUUUGUGGGCCCCGCAGUCCUUGUGGCUUCUUUCAUUUUUCCUUCACUCUAUUUGCGUAAAUUGCUUUCAAUCAUUUUUGAGGACUCAUUGUUAACAGAUUUCCUCAUAUUAUUCUUCACAGAAGCAAUUUUCUAUGGUGGUGUUGCUGUAUUUCUUUUUCUGCUCGACCAUUUACGGAGACCCAUACAAUUAGACACUGCAACAAAAAAUACUGAUACACUGCCCCCUCAACUUGGACAGAAAAUCUCUUCUGUUGCUACUCUGGUACUUAGUCUUGUAAUUCCCAUGGUCACUAUGGGUUUGGUCUGGCCAUGGACUGGCCCUGCAGCCUCCGCAACUCUUGCUCCAUACCUGGUUGGUAUAGUUGUCCAAUUUGCAUUUGAGCAGUAUGCAAGAUAUCGGAAGUCACCUUCAUGGUCUGCAAUUCCAUUAAUCUUUCAGGUGUAUAGGCUGCACCAACUAAAUAGAGCAGCACAACUGGUGACAGCUUUAUCGUUCACAGUUAGAGGAGCUGAGUUGACCUCACACAACAUGGCUAUAAACAGCUCUUUGGGUACCCUUCUAAAUGUCCUACAAUUCCUUGGUGUGAUUUGCAUUUGGUCCCUGUCAAGCUUCCUCAUGAGAUUUAUACCUUCUGCUUCCAACCUGAUGCAGUAAAGUCCAGAAUUUCUUGUGAAAUGUGAAGUUUGUUAACAAUGUCAUCUUACAUAUCAAAGCACCCACUUCAUCUUUGGGCAGAUUCUGUACAUGUACUUGGGAUAUUUUUUGGUGUAAACUCUUAACUCUAAUUGGACAUUUGCUAAUCUUCUGACUCGCUUAGAUUAUAAAGGAUGUUUUCAGGAAUUUGUAAUUGAGGAUUUUGGAUACUGAAGAAGCAAAUGGAGGAGUAUUUAUAGUUCUACUUCUGCAUGUGGCAUGCGUGUGUUCUGAAUGAUGUGCUUGUUUUUCUCAAGUAUAUGCUCAGAAUUAAGGGAAUUAAACCCCUUGUUUAUGGGGUCCAAGUCCCUUACCACUUGACCCUAUUUAUUGUUGGUUGGAUUCAAAUUAUACUCGGUAUAAGAAUUUAUUUUCUUA